AUGGCGUUCCAGCCCAAUGUGAUCAGCACGCAACCUCAGGUCACUGUCACUCAGUACGCUGUGUCAUCUAGAUCAUCAGAUUGGAGCUCAAAUGUGUGCGACUGCUGUGAAGACUGCGGCAUCUGUCUCUGUGCCUCCUUCCUCCCUUGUAUCCUGGCCUGUCAGGUGGCCCAAGACCACGGGGACAGCUGCUGUCUAGCCUUCCUUCCUGGGGCCAUGAUAGCUCUCAGAACGAGCAUCCGCAGCAAAUACAACAUAGAAGGCUCGGUGUGUGAUGACUGGGUGGUCAUGGCCUGCCUGCCUCUGUGUGGACUGUGUCAGAUGGCACGGGAGCAGAAGGCAAGGGGGCUAAAAUAA